AUGGUGGUUGAGCGGACACUUCUUGCCGCCCGGCAGGGAGAUGUACAAACUCUAAAAGUGCAACUGGCUGAAAAAGUUCUCAACAGUGAUGUGAAAGACUUGCUCGGAGCGUCCCCGGUCCACCAUGCAGCCCGGGCGGGGAAGCUGACAUGCCUACGUUACCUGGUGGAAGAAGCGGCUCUGCCUGGGAACAGUUUAGCAAAUAAUGGCGCUAGUCCCGCACACGACGCUGCUGCCACGGGCAACCUAGCCUGUUUGCAAUGGCUACUUACCCAAGGAGGCUGUCGCGCCACGGACAAGGACUGCUCAGGCGCCACGGUUCUCCACCUCGCCUCGCGCUUCAGCCACCACGAGAUCACGGACUGGCUGCUGAAGAGCGGCGAGGGUGACCCCGGCCUGUGCACAGAGUCCGGCGCGUUUCCCGUGCACUACGCCGCUGCCAAGGGUGACCUCCCCUCCCUUCGACUGCUGCUGGGCCACAGCCCAAACGUUGUCAAUUUCCAAACCAAGAACGGUGCCACACCCCUUUACCUGGCGUGCCAGGAGGGUCAUCUGGAGGUGGUCCAGUACCUGGUGAAGGACUGUGGGGCGGACCCCAGCAUCCGAGCCAAUGACGGGAUGACUCCUCUACAUGCCGCCGCCCAGAUGGGACACAACACUGUCAUUGUUUGGCUGAUGAGCUUCACAGAGAUCAGCCUGGCCGACAGGGACAACGACGGUGCCACUGCCAUGCACUUCGCGGCGAGCCGCGGCCACGCCAAGGUGCUCAGCUGGCUGCUGCUGCACGGCGGCGAGAUCGUUAUGGACGGCUGGAGCGGCACGCCUCUCCAUGACGCGGCCGAGAACGGCGAGCUGGAGUGCUGUCAGAUAUUGGUGGUGAACGGAGUGGACCUGGGCGUGCGUGACCAGGACGGCUUCACCGCUGCAGACCUGGCCGAGUACAACGGACAUCCCCAGUGUGCCAAGUACCUGCGCACCGUGGAGAACAUGAGUGUGGAGCACCGUGUGCUGUCCAGGGACCCCUCCACUGACCUGGAGUACAAGCAGCAGCCGGACUCUGGCCUGUCCUCCCCCAACGCCACCAUCUCGGCCUCGGCGCCGGCGGCCCACUUCGACCUGGGCUCGCCCUCCAGCUCGCUGUCCAACUACGACUCGGCCAACUCCAGCCAAUCCAGCACCGGGGAGAAGAGGAGCUCCUCGCCCCCCUCACGGCCCAACGCAGGCCCAUCUGAGUCGGCCAUCACAGACAUGCAGACCUACAUGGACAUGCUGGACCCCGACACCUCGAAGGGUGACGGCAGACGAGUGAGCGAGCCGCUACCGCCCCCGCCGGCCUUCCCGCCUCCUCCACCUCCUCCUCCGAGCUCCCGGCCUCCGCCGCCUCCGUCCUUCCCGGCUCCCAAAGCCCCCGAUGAGCCGUCCGCGGACAUGUACCUGAAGGUGAAGAGCAACCUCCGCCACGUGGACAGCGACGGCUCUAAGAUAGAGAUGGAAAUAUUUGGGAAUGAGCUGCAGGCAGGAGACAACCCGGACCGGCUGCGGAGGGUAGACUCCAACAGGAAGUCCAGGAGCUUCAACAAGCAGCCCAGCACAGGGGACUACUACAAGGCCCUGGGUAGUGACUCAGCUGAACCCCGCGCCACCAGGAGCAUGGCCCCCAACGAGGAGGGUUCCGUGCUAUUGGAGGAGCCAGCAGAGAACAGUCCGAGCCCGGAGAACGGUUCUGUGGAGGAACUUCCCCAGCCUCCCCCUCCUCCCCCCCUGCCUCCUAGCAACCCCACCCCUCCUCCGCCACCCCCUCCACCCCUGCCCUCUGAGACGGCCACUCCACCGCAAUACUCGGCCGCAGGCCACGCCUCCUCAGCCCAGCGCCGCUCCUCGUCCUCCUCUGGAAGUUCGAAAUCCUUCAACAUGAUGUCCCCCACUGGUGACAAUUCAGAGCUGUUGGCUGAAAUUAAAGCGGGGAAGAGCCUGAAGCCAACGCCCCAGAGCAAAGGAUACACCACCGUCUUCUCCAACAGUGGCCCGGGAGGCCCCAAUCCCGACAGCCCGACAUCGCCGCCGCCGCAGACCCGCGUCGUCCAAUCAGCGAAGCCCUCCUCCCCGUCCCCGCCCCCCUCCAACUCCCCUACUCCCGCCCCCACCCCGAGCCCCAGCCCCGCCAGCUCCGCCAGUUCGUCCUCCGCGCCCCCCAGGGGCCUGACGUCCUCCGGCAGCAGCGAGCAGCUGCCCCCGACGGUCAACGGCACGGCGGGCUCGGGGCAGCAGCAGGGGCAGCAGCAGCAGCGCAAAGGCAGCCUGGUGGACGUGGAGGCGCUGGUGCCCACCCACGACGAGCAGGGCCGCGCCAUCCCCGAGUGGAAGAGGCAGGUGAUGGUGCGCAAGCUGCAGGUCAAGAUGCAGGAAGAGGAGGAGCACAAGCGCAAGGUCGAUGAGGAGGCUGCCAAGCUAGCCUCCAUGCCAGCCUGGAGGAGAGACAUCAUGAAGAAGAAGCUGGAUGACGAGAAAAAAGAGGAGGAACUCGCAAAGAACGUGAAGGAGUCUGAGGAGAAGCAGGAGCUAGAGAAACUACGAACCUUAGGAUAUGAUGAAACAAAACUGGCGCCAUGGCAACGGCAGAUCAUUCUGAAGAAAGGAGACAUUGUAAAAGAGUAGAACCUCUAUACACCAUCAUCCCCCACCCACACACACACACACACACACCCCACCUCAUUCUUUCCUUCAGUCACUACCUGCCAUCUCAGACCACAGUUCUCAUCUGUUACCUGAUGGACCAGAACAAACCAGAUUGGGUCUCAAUCCAGCUUGCUUGUAGCAUGAAGCAAUGCCCACAAUGACAUUGGUUUUAUGCUCCGUGGCACAUUAUAGAAUAAAACAGUACUCUUUGACCAUGCAGGACUGCUGCACAUGAAUAGCUUGUAGAUGUUUCAUUUGGAAUAGCUCAUGGUAAACCAGUAGAUACAGAGGGAGGAUCAGGUCCUUGUCAAUAUAAGCUCUUAGCUGCAUAUGUUUCACAUGUAAUUUAGGGUCAAACCAUGUCACACACAGACUGGUUUAUCUACAUGUUUUGUUUCCUGUUAUUGUGCAGCUACUGUACAGUUCUUAACACGUAUCAUUUUACCAACCUAUGCAUUUCAGCAAAUGUACAGAACUACUGACUCCGAAUAUUAUCUUCAUCUGUCCAAUGCUUAUUUUAUCGCAAACAUGUAUAAGUUUAACAUAAGUAAUGUGUCUCCUCAACUAUAAGUUUAAUCAACCCUACAGCACAAUUUGUGGCACUGCUACAAUUAGGAAUAUGUUGAUACAUUGUAUGUUGAUACAUGAGAUUGAGAGGUUCAGGAAGAUGUAAUAAUUUGAGAAUGCACAAACAUUAUUAACGUUAUCGAGAUCGAUCAUGAGUUUAACAAUAUUUAAGACAUAAAAAAUAGUUAUGUCAUAUGCAGGCACAUGUUAUUUAUCUCAAAGUUCACCUUUUGGCUUAGGCCAGAAAAUACUGCCAAAAUGGAUUGAGCACUAAACAGAAGCUUAAUCCAAACACACUUGGAAGAUUCAUCCACGUAUACGAGAGGAGUUUGGAUUGAGAUUGGGCCAAUUUCAGCCUAGCUCUUCUCUGGCACGUUGCACACUGCUGAAAGACCCGUGUUAUAGUGAAAGGUGUUUUGUGAUGGCUUAAAGUCCUUAAAAUAAAUGUUGGCACACUUACGAGGACUUUGUCAAAUGUUUCCCAGCAUCACCAUCGGGCAAGCCACAGGCACAGGCAUUCUGAGUUUGAAUACAAAAUGGUGUCUCUGCUACCCCCUUUCUUAUACUUAAAUCCAUGCCUUGGUUUCCUUAUUCUCGGAUUAUUAUGGGACCAAAUCAGUGGUAAUAUCUGUAGGUCAUUAACACCAUAUCUCUGUAACAUGGCUUUCUUAACACUCCCACUUUUUUCAGAUGGACAUUAGAUUGUGCACUGUCAUUAGAUCCUGUUCAGCACAGUAGACCUCAGAAAAGUGCCGGAUGUGUCUUUUUGAAUGUGUGUGUAUAUAUGGUCUCUGUCCUUUGUCAUAAAAUGUGCUAUAGAUAAACUUGUCAUUUUAAUUGUACAUUUUUUGAUUGUAAAAACACCUAAAUUAUAUAUGAUAUAUAAGUAUAUUAGUGAUGCAUGGUCCUCGUUGAGUUAUCACUUGGGAACAUUCAAUUAACUUCAUUGGAUGCCAUAUUGAUGUUGAAAAUUCAAAAGAUGUAAAUGUCAUUGCCAUUAGAAGAUUUUUCUACAUUACUGCUGUACAUAGUGAGAGCUGAACUUCCACGGUCCUUUACUGUAACUGUGUAUCAACAUUGCAUCAGUUUCCUAUUCUCAACCUUGCUUGCAUAGGAUAUCUGUUUAUUAACAUAAAACUUCAU